AGCCAAUAGGAAGAGGGCAGUGAAUUUAAAAAGGUGCCGCGAUCACUCAGCAAUACAUUUUGUACCAUAACAACUUCCUGACCCGGGAGCGAAGGAUCUGUGAAAGGAAUCAAACCACGAAUAACCGAGAUAAAAUGGCGCACAUAAUCUUUGCAGAGAGAGAAAAUGCACGCCUUCAUCCAUCCUCUCUGAAGAUGCGACAGCGACUUCAGUCUGCUCCAGAGAAACUCUUGAAAUCUCCAAUCACUGCCAAAACCUUUUCCACUCCUCUGCCAUCUGGUCGUAAAGCUUUGGGGACAGUAAACAAAAAGAUCGCAACUCCUGCCGUCAACACACAAGAGAAGAAAAUCCUUAAGCAGGAAACUAAAGUCAAACAGGCUCCUACAACCAAAGUGGAGGAGUAUCCAGAAAUUGAGAAGUUUAUCCCUUAUGACCCACUAGAGUUUGAAAAGUACAGCGUACCUGAAGAUUUGAUUCGUCUCAGUGGAUUUGCUCUGCCUGGGCUGGCUUCUUUCCCACAAGCUCUAUAUCCGUGCGAGGAGGAACUGGAGAUUGAUCCGCUUCCAAAUCGGUCACCUGUUAAGAUGCCAAAACUUCCAGAUCAUUGCUCAGCGCUUGACGCUUUUCUCCAAACACUUGAUGAGCUGACCGUGGAAUUUCCCCUGAAUCUGAUUUUGAAUGAAUUUUUUUUUUACCACAUUUGUGUUUUUUUUAAAGACUGCAUUUUACUGAAAUAAAGUUGUUUUAUCUGUA